AUGACAUUGGAUAUACCUAGAAUUAGCUUGAGGGACUUUGAUAACCGUCGUGAUGAGAUAAAAGAAGAAUUAUAUAAUGCGGCUAUCACUGCAGGUUUCUUCGUGUUGUGCGAUCAGGAAUACCCUUCCAAAGAGGAUAUCACCCGUACUUUCUCCAAUGCUGCUGAUUAUUUUCACCUUUCAAAAGAAAUAAAGGAAAAAAGGCCUUUUGAAAAGCUAUAUAAUUGUGGUUAUGAAUACCAAGCGCAGGUACGGCCAUCGACAGGAACUAAGGAUUUAAAGGAGACUUUACAACUUCAAUACCACAAAAAGCACACUUAUUGGCCAUCUGAGGAUGACGUUGGCGAUGAGUGGGUUGAGAAUACAUCGGAAUUCAUAAUGAAGUGCCAAAAAUUGAGUAUGGCUGUACUCAGCUGUCUUGCAGAAAGCUUGGGAUUUGACUCUGAUUUUUUCGAGGCAGCACAUCAAAUUGAAAAGGAUACUGCCCAAUCGACCCUUCGUCUUUUGCAUUAUCCAGAUGUCACAGGUCAGACCUAUUCCCUGGAUAUGUGGAGAGCUGGGGCCCAUACUGAUUUUGAUUGUCUUACUUUGUUAUUUCAAAGAAAUGGGGAUCAUGGAUUAGAAGUUUGCCCUGGGCGCAAAGCGCACACUGAUUUUGCCAUUGGUGAUGAAUGGACUCCUGUAGAAGCAAUGACAGGAGAAAUUGUUGUCAAUAUUGGAGACAUGUUAAUGUCUUGGUCUGAUGACAGGUUCAAAUCCAAUUUUCACAGAGUAAGAUGUCCCACGGUCGGAGAGAAUCAGGCAGAAAGGUACACCAUUGCAUGGUUUAACCAAGCAAAUACUGACGUUGUUAUACAAGGUCCCGAGAAGAAGUACCCUGCAACAACUGGACGAGAGUACAUAGUAGAAGCAAUGAAGAAGAAUUUCGCAAGGCUCCAAGAGAAGAAGAGCCAUAAGCUUCCUUAA